CCUCUACAGUACAAUACCAUAUCCUGCUACGGAUUAUAGCAAGGAAAUUAAAUCGCCAUGCCUCACAAACAUAAAAGAAAGCGAGAUGAUGAUAAAGGACGAGAUGCCGACCUUCCUCCCUCCAUGAUCGCCAAACCCCUCCGACCCGGCCACAACCCCCCUCCCCCUCCCAAAGGCCCCAAACGUGCCAAAAAGCCCAAGCUCUCUAAGGACCCCGACCAAUGGGCCAACGACACCCCCCGUGCGUUCCUCCAACUCAUGCGCCUCGGCCGCGGCGAAAAGCGCCCCAAAGGCCCGGACAACGGUGACGCCCCCCGCAAAGGCAAAGGCAAAGGCAAACCUCAAGCUCCGAUCACCCCUGCGCCGCCGAAGAAGGAGGAGGAACCCAUACCCGAACUAACGAUCAAGCACGGGGAGAAGCUCGCGGACUUCGCAGCGCGGGUGGACCAGGCGAUGCCGAUCGCGGGGCUGGCGCGCAAGAUGAAGAAGGGCGAGGGGAAAGAUGAGCAUCGGACGAAGCAUGAGAAGAAGUUGCUAAGGCUGCAGGCACAGUGGCGGAAGGACGAGGCGGCGUAUCGGGAGAAGCGGGAGGAAGCGGAGGAGUUGGCGGAGGAGGAGGAGGAGGAAGAGGAGGGGUUGGUGUUUGGGGGGAACGCGGGAGGGAAGAAGGGGAGAAAAGGGGUGGAUGAGGAGGAUGAUCCGUGGGCGGUGUUGGAGGGGAAGCGGGAUCGGCCGAAGGGGUUGCAUGAUGUGGCGAAGGCGCCGCCGCAGUUCAAGAGCGUGCCGAGGGAGGUGCUGAAGGUGAAGGGGGCGAAGGUGAUGGCGGCGGACGUGCCGAAGUUGGCGGGGAGUUUGAAGCGGCGGGAGGAGCUGCAGGGGGAGCGGGCGAAGGUGAUCGAGGCAUAUCGAGAGAUGGUGAGGAAGCAGAAGCAGAAGGGAUCCUCGUAGCGGGUUUACAGCUAUAUUUCAUUAGGCUGCGACCUUUGUGUCUUGUCUAUUUCAUACAGAGCAGCGCACGCUCCCCGAACGUCGCUUCAACCGUCCCUUCUUCCCUCAGCAUAUUCCGAAGCCACACCUUCACUCCCUCCACCUCCCUCGCGCCAAACUUCACCAACACAAACCCUCUCACAUCUGCUGCCGUCCACAGCACCCCAUCCCGCCCCUCCUCCUUCAGCCGUCUCGCCCUCCACCGCUCCCUCCCCGUCUCCUCCUCCUCCCCCUCACUCCCAUCCCACUUCUUCCCCCCCACCCUCGGCAUCGCUUGAAACUCCUCCAUAAAAAACCUUCCCACCCCCCGAAACCCCGGCCCCCCCAAA